AUGUUGCUUCAAAACCUAGCAACAGAGGUCAUCGAACUGAUCGUACAGAAUCUUCCAGUGCGCUCAGACCUCAACGCCUUCUGCCAAACCAACAAACGGUUUUACCUCAUUGCCAAUGACCUUGUGUAUCAUGAGGAUGCGCACUGGAGGUGCAGAGCCCUCCAGUGGGGUUCUGAAGAGGGCCUCGUUUCAGUGGUAGAGAGAUCUUUGGAUCAAGGUGGUGAUGUCAACUACAUCAUCAACGACGAAGACGAGACUGCUUUGUUUCCAGCUAUAAGGAAACAGUACUGGAAUGUUGUGGAUCUGCUGUUGGCGAGAGGUGCUGAUGUUCACCGCAGGAACAAGGUUGGGGAUAAUCUUGUGUACUUUGCGGUGACGACUGGCAGUUAUGAUCUAGUGAAGCUCAUGCUGGAUCAAGGUGUUGAUCCAAAUUCCCACGUCGAUGGCGAUGUUCCUCCUUUGUUGCUGGCAGUGCGAAGAGGAUAUCUCGAUAUCGUGAGAUUGCUCUUUGAUAGCGGGGCACAUAUCGAUGAUAGCGACGACUGGGGUGAAACGCCUCUGCAUAUCGCCGUAGGUGCGCCUCAGCAUGACAUCCUAAGCUUCUUCAUCGAAAAGGACGUUUUUCGCAAAGACAAGACUGGGGCUCGUGGAGCUGAUGCACUCGAGAUGGCUGUCAUACGAGGAGACAUGCCAAUUUUGGCAUUGCUUCUUGAGGGCGGCGCUGACCCGCUUGUUCGAAGGUGGACGAGACAUCAUGCGAUUAUCACAGCGGCACUAGCUCGGGGAGAUGAUAUGGCGAUCUUGAUGACAGAACGGUUGGUAGGAGAACCCGGUUUCAUUAAUGAGCAUGGCAAGGAACUCCUCUGGGCUUGA